AGCUACGCUCUCGUUCACACACACCGGACACCGAUUUUUAGUUACCAAAUCAUCUAGUUUCCAUCUCCUUACAGCUGACGUGACAGUUGAACUGUACGCACAAAAAAACGGGCAAUACGAGCCAUGAUACAAAAAGUCCCGCGCUAUGUAUGUAAAGGCGUGUGCAGGUUAUCCUCCCACGUUACAGAGUGUGGCGGUUCAUCUCAUGAGCAGCGGCUAAAACCCUGUGAAGUGGGUCUGUGUGUCAGCGCAGCUCCGUCCGUGUAUUUCCGGGUGGUACGAGGCUGCUCCGGUACAUCCCGGCUAACAUCAGUCGGUUCAGCCUCCCUCCUCCAUUCAGCCUGAACGACCGCCACCGGAGACCGGGACCCAAACAAAAAUAACCAGUUAUUGACCGGGACAGAUCUAUAAUUGAUGUCUUAUAGCUGAAAGUCAAAGCGGGGGGCAGCAGGGCGGGCAGCGGGCAGGAGUUAUGGCGGCGUCUCUUCUCUCCGAGACCGACAUCAGGCACCGGUCCAUGGCGGAGGAGGAUCCGAACGGGAAUGAACACGGGGCGGCUGCACGCAGCGCGGCGCCUCGCUGGGGACCGCAGCACGCCGGGGCUCGACAGCUGGCGAGGCUUUACUCUCCCGGUAAGCGGCUCCAGGAGUGGGUGUGUGUUGUUCUGUGCCUCUUCCUGUUCAUCAUCAACUUCUCCUUCCUCCUCCUGCACUUCUCCGCUGUUCACAUCUACAAGAUCAUCCUCGGCAUUGUCCUAGGAAUAGUAACAGCAGACUUUGCGUCGGGGAUGGUACACUGGGGGGCAGACACCUGGGGAUCUGUGGACAUCCCUGUUAUUGGCAAGGCAUUUAUUCGACCGUUCAGGGAACACCACAUCGAUCCGACCGCCAUCACUCGCCAUGACUUCAUUGAAACCAAUGGCGACAACUGUAUGAUCCCCAUCCUACCAUUGGCUCACAUGGCCUACCAGUUCCUCAUAUACACACCAGAGGCCUUGGCGCCGUCCUAUCCCUGGGACUGCUAUGUCUUUUCCCUGGCAGUUUUCGUGACGCUGACCAAUCAGAUUCAUAAGUGGAGUCACUCCUACUUUGGCCUCCCGCGCUGGGUCAUGCUGCUCCAGGACUGGCAUCUGGUGUUGCCACGGAAACACCACCGCAUCCACCACGUCUCGCCACACGAAACAUACUACUGCAUUACUACAGGUUGGUGUAACUAUCCACUCGACCAGCUGGGCUUUUGGAGACGGAUGGAGCGAUUGAUCGAAUGCCUGACAGGGCAGAAACCCCGGUCAGAUGACCUGGCAUGGGCCAAGAGGACUGACUUAUAAACACACAAAUAUACAAAAGGAUGGAUGGAGGGAUGGGCUUGCAGAUGCAAAAACACAGAAAUAGGGUUGGAUGGGGAGAAACACACACACACAAACACUCACAAUUUACUCAUGUCUCUGUGCUUCUUGCUUUUUAGCUAAAGAGCAAACAUUCAAAGAAACCAUGUUUGCAAAAAAAUCAAAGUGGUUAAAGUGAUAUCUGUAUGUGCUGGAGUCUGUAGUUUAACAAGCUUUGAAUGUUGGAGUUGAAAACAUUACUAGACGAGAACACUCUGCUGUAACAGCCAAACAGCGUGUAGGCCUGUUUAACCAAUGAGGUGUGCUGGUGUGUAGGUGUAGGAGGUUUCUGGAGGUUGGGCUCUCCAGGAGUGACACCACAAACAUGUUUGGAAGUCAAUUGUUCAGUCACUGUCUCUUCUGAUUUCUCCUUGUCUGUUAUUUUUUAAGUUUUUUUUUAAGGUUGUUUUUUUAGAAGUCCUUUCUAGACAACAUCAACAUCCUCUUUAGAGUCUUAUGGCUGCAUUUACACACAAGAAGGUAGAAGUCUGAUGAUUGUGCACUUUAGAUUAAGAAUUUAGAAGUCAGACCAGCUACACAGUUAUAACUCUCAUUAUUUGUGCCUGUGCUAGAGCUAAGAUUAUCUCACAGUGAGAGCCAGGCAAGAUAAGACUGGUGAGGACAGACGUGUAAAAAAAGGUUUGAUAGAAUAUAUACUAUAGCUUCUGUGAUACAUUUCUGAGCACUGCUAUAUAUAUGUCAGCAGUCAAGUUGCAGAUGCAUACUUACACACUGCAUAGAUAUAAGUAAAACAACUUUAAAUCAUGUCGUUCAGUUUUGGCUAGUUGUUGACAUAAUUCUGUUCAUCCUACAUGUGCUUUGACAAACUGUAGAACUUUUCUUACGCUGACACUUCUCAUUGAUCGUUUUUGUACUGAGAGGAUCUUUGGAGCAGUCCAGUUGUUUUGUUACUUGAGGAAUGUAGAAAUCAGCAUGUAAAAUCGUAAAAGCCUCUGAAUGAAGGUAUCGAGAAUUACAUGGAAGUUUAAUCAGUACCUAUAUUUCACUUGAAUCGAGAUUACUAUAGACUUUUUAGUACAAGAGCUAGUUGUAGUGAAGAAGCCUGUCAUUUUUUUUUUGCACUUUUAAAGCAAAGUAAGAGGGCAACCAGAUUUAUUUGUUGUUUCUUCGUAUAUUAAAUUUUUAGGAAGAAGGUGUCCAGACAGAAAAGUGACCUGCUGAACUUUUUCUGGAUGGAUGCUAUUGUAGGUGGUGGUUUAAGCAAGUUAAAGUAGGUCUAAAGUAGGUAGCAAAUAUGAAGACCUUGAACGAGUAAGGAAUACUUUGCAAUUUGGGGAACUAUACUUAUUGGCUUUCUUGCCGUGAGUUAGAUGAAAAGAUUGAUACCACUCUCAUGUCUGUAAGAUAAAUAUGAAACUACAGCCAGCAGUUGGUUAUCUUAGAUUAGAAUUAAGACUGGAAACAGGGCCACAGCUAGCAUGUCUCUGUCCAGAGGUAAUACAAUCCACCUACCAGCACCUCUAACGCUCACUAAUUAACACAUUUUGUUUAAUUCCAAAUUAUUCCUACAAAAACUGAUGAUUUUUAUUUUAUUUUUUUACCUUUGGACAGAUUCCGGCUAGCUGUUUCCAGUAUUUGUGUUAAGCUAUCUUAGCUGGCUACUGGCGGUAGCUUCAUAUUUAGCGAACAGACAUGAGAGUGGUUUAGAUGUUCUCCUCUAACUCUUAGCAAGAAAGGUGGAUGAAAAUGGAGAAAGUUUGGGAUGAAAUGUGGAUGACAGGUUGACGUUUAUAUAUGUUUGCGAGUCUCGAGAAGAAGAUAAACCUUCUAUUGUACCCCAAAUAUGCCUGCAGACAAAAAUCUUUCUAUGAGAGAUUUCCUGGAGGAUGCUUGUGACUGCCCCCAAACACCAUAAAAUGAGUCCUAUGUGUCCUACAUGUGUAGUUAGCAUUAACUUUUCACCAACACACUGGAAAGCUCAGGGCAUGGAUAGAUUAGCUGGUCAUUAUCUCCAAGUCCUGAUUCUUGUUACAUUCUGCAUCACCAAAAAUGUUUUUUCAGUUCAGGACAACCAGACCACUACAUAAAGCCCUACCCAAUAAUUUAAUUUACUUAACUGAUUUAGGAAAGCUCGAAAAUUCUUUUUGUUACUUUUUUUCUCAAUAGAUCACCAUUUUGUACCAUGAAAAAACAGACAUUUGCAGUCAUUCAUAAACAGUUGCAGUCAUUCAAAUCAUAUUGGAACUUUUGAUUCAUAGUUGUGUCCUCAUCCCAAAAAGAAAAGAAACUUUGUUUAACUGUUCUGCAAGAUGCUAGUUGGUGCCACUGUCUAAUCCACUGUGCUACAUAUGUGACUGCAACUGUAAAUAUUAAGCACUCGACAAUAAGAAAUCUGUCACAAACCUCUAAUCUUAAAUCAGAGAGUCAUUGAAGAAAUACUUUGCAACAUUUUUGCAUCAGUUUUUGUCAGCUGAUGUGAAAGGAAGGAAAAAGAAAACACCUUUCAUUAUUGCACUGGAGAGCAAAAUUAAUUCUUUUUCAGCAAAAACUGGUCACCAAGUUGCUUAUAGAAUGCAAAUAAUGUAUUUAGUAUCUGAUUUUUGUUUAGAUUUCAUACUGUGACGUAUGCACUUUAGUUGGCUGUUACUAACUCUGUACUAGAGAGUCUAGCUGCUUGAUUUGUAGUUUCAUUUGUAGGCUGGAAAUCUCUUCAGUCAUAGAAGGUUAAUAAUAACAGCACUUUAUUGUUUUACUGAGUAAAUGUCUGAAAAUGUGUCCUGCAAGCACCUGUUCACUCAUGAUAACAUGCAUACAGAUUAUAUCAUGUCUCACUUGAAUGCACACACACACAUACACACACACACUAUACAUCUCUUGAAUGCAGUCAUAUACAAAUACACAGAUGCUCUCUCUCACAUUGUGUUCUCUUGUUUUCUCUGGCUUCAUAAUUUUCUAUUUUUUUAUUAACGGAUCAAGCCUUGUAUAGUUAAAUUCUGACGUUCCAUUUUGCAGCUCAAGGCUCGCUGCUCGUCUGCCUUAAUGUUUUUAUCUGCUCUUUGAUUUAAAUAAAGGUUUAUCAACUCCAAA